AAUUGAAAAUAUAUUUUUGCAGUACUUUGUAAUUUUUUUUUUUUUAGAUGGAAACAAAUGACCAAGUGACAGAUGUAAGGUAAUAUUUGCUGAAUGAGAAUUUCUUAUUUAGAAACAUAGAAGAUCGGAUAAUGUAUCAGACCGGCCGAAUUGUUAUAGUUCGGCGACACAAGAUUCAAGAGAGUUCGUCCAGAAGGAUCAUCACUAUCUAACCUGUUGUUGAACAAUUUUUACCCAAUACAAACAUCUAACUUCUUUUUGUGUGCGUCCUGGUUACGUUUAUUAUAGCAUUAAAAAACACUCCAUCAGCUCUGAGAGAGAGGGUUGAGAACAACCAAAAAAAAUGUGAUGAUUAUUGGCCUUUCUGAAAUUUGAUUUUACGCAAACAUUGGUUGCAAGUUUUUUAAAUUAUUCCAAGUACUAUGGAGGGCUUGGCUGAAAAAGUUGAACACUGUGAUAAUCAAGAGAAAAUCGUUAAUUAUGAUGAUGUACACAUGGAAGAAGAUACAUUGACUGAAAAUACAUCAAACGAAGCGAUAUCAAUAAAUGGUUCAAGUAAAAAUGAAAAUCAAGAUGAUGAAGAAAGUAAAACUGCUGAUGAGGUCUUAAAGAAAAAAAUUAAUGGAGAACCAAAUAGUAUUCUUGAUGAUGAUAAAUCAGUGAGUACUGCAACAGAAACCUCAUCAAAUUGUGAUGAUAAUACUGCUAAGAGUGUGGAAAAAGAAGUGCUUGUAAAUGAUCAGAUUUCUCCUACAAAAAAAAAGAAGCUGAAUACAAAAGAAGACGCAAUGAGUGAAUCAAACUCCAAAGAUGAAUUAGGCUAUAAAAAUGAUUUGAACAAGUCUGAUAGUGAUGACUUAAACAAAGACAACACUGAAAAAGAUGAAUCGACUUCUCAAUCUGAACCCAGGAAUCCAUCAAGUUUUAAAAAAGUUGAAUCCAAAAUUAGAAAACGAAAUUAUCGUCGUCAACAAAAUUCUAGUGAUGUCAAUGAUCAAAUUAGUGAUCAUGAAGAAUUAAACGAAAAAAAAGACGAGAAUUCCGAAAGUUCUUCUGAUUCUAUAGAAUCUGAUGAGAGAAGGACAGAGGACAACUCCGAUUCAAGAAGAAGAGCAGCAGAUAGUUCUGAUUCAAGUAGUGAUUCUGAUAGGGGUAAUGAUGAUGCUGAUUCUAUAAUAUAUACAUCUGCUAGUGAUGAUGAUCAUGAUCACGAAAUGCCUGCUGUUUUACAAAAAGAACCAUUAAAAUCUGAUUAUUCUAUUUUGAAAGAUAUCAUAAAUCGACAAAUUGGAUCAAAUAAAUUCUUAGCACAACGAUAUUACAGUUCACUUCAUGUGGUUCAACGUUUCGAACUAAUUCUUUAUAAUUUUCAAUUAAUUUGCAAAUUUGCUCUUCAGGGUUGCGUAAAUUCUUUAGAUUUUAAUAAUAAAGGAAAUCUUCUCGCAAGUGGCUCAGAUGAUUUAACUAUUGCAAUUUGGGAUUGGGCAUUGGGAAAAAAAUCUUUAUCCUUGGAAUCAGGUCACCGAAGUAAUGUUUUUCAAUCCAAAUGGUUACCUCUGGAUGUAGAAAAUUUUUUAGUAUCCAGUGCUCGUGAUGGGCAAGUGCGAUUAAUGGAUAUUACAUCAAAAAUUACUCGAAGAUUAGCCCAACACAGAAAAGCUUGUCAUAAAAUUAGUACCCAUAAGGAUUUACCCCAUAUUGUACUCUCUGCUGCCGAAGAUUCAAAAGUUUUAUCAAUUGAUGUACGAGAGGGUAAACCAACAAAAUUAUUGUCAGUAUGUGAAGACAAUCUAGAAGUCGAAUUGUACAGUAUACAUUCAAACCCUUUGAAUAACUGCGAAUUUUGCAUCGCUGGUCGAAUGCGUAAUACAUUAGUAUAUGAUAAGAGGAAACUAGCUGAACCCUUAUACCAGUUAUGUCCCAAACAUUUGUUGUCAGAUAAUAAUGUCCAUUUAACAUGCGCCGUGUACAAUUACAACGGCACUGAAAUAGUUGGUUCAUAUAACAACGAAGACGUUUAUUUGUUCGAUGUGAGUUCAUCGUAUCAGAGUGGAGAUUUUGCUCACAAAUAUCAAGGACAUCGCAAUAGUGCUACUGUCAAAGGUGUAAAUUUCUUUGGACCGAAAAGUGAGUUCAUAUUAUCCGGCUCAGACUGCGGAAAUAUAUUUAUUUGGGAUAAAAAAACUGAAGCGAUUGUGCAAUGGAUGCCUGGAGAUGAACACGGAAGUGUGAACGUUUUGGAGUCUCAUCCCCAUAUUCCAAUUUUAGCUACAAGUGGUUUGGAUUAUGAUGUGAAAAUAUGGAUACCAUCACGAGAAUCAACACCAAAUAUCAAACAAAAACUACAAUCGUGCGUCAAGAAAAAUCUAGCAACCAGAGAAGCGAAUAGCGCUUUUGAUGGAAAUAUUUUGUGGAUUAUGUUAAGGCGCCUUCAUCAGCAAAGGCCUAGGGCUUUUUUAAAUCGGAAUGUGAGUAGAAAUGGAGACACAAGUGAUGAGUAUAGUAAUUCAGAUGAAGGAAACGAAGACGAUCAUGAUGAUGAAAACGAUGCGUCUAGUGAUGAUUGAUUUAAAAUUUAAUCCUAAUUUUAACAAAAGCAAUAAUAUGCUAAAAGUUGUUAAUUUUUUUACCGUAGUAAGCAUAAAUGCUGCUGUUUCUUAACACUCAUUAAAUGGAAAAAAAUGAAAGCCUUAAAAAUUAACAUUUAUAAAUUUUGAUAACUAAAACUCGUCAAAUAAAAAAAAAGACUGAAUUAAUUUAAAAUUGAAUACAGAAUA